AUUCAAUUUUCAUCCCUCGGUUCGGUCGGUUUGGAGUCGCGUUUUUUCGUCUUCGAAAUUUAGCGAAAAAAAGUGAAUGUGGUUGCUGCCGCAGUUUGGAAAGUGAUUUUUACAGAAAAAUGUCGGACAGUGGCAGUGGCUCGGACAAUGACAGUGUGGUGUCGAAUCGGUCCCGCAAGAGCGGCGGAUCGAACCGUUCGCGGUCCGUGUCCCGUUCGGGUGGUUCGCGGUCAGUUUCCCGGUCGCGUUCCCGCAGCGGCGGCUCGGCGAGGUCGCGCAGUGGCUCGGGUUCGCGGUCCGGGUCCGAUGUGGAGCAGAUCCGGAUGAAAAAGAAGCGCAAGAUUUCGGCGGGCUCGGACGAAGAGGAUGCGGAGGAGGAGCAGGAACCGGAAGGGGAGGAUUUGGACUCGGAGGAGAUUGAAGACGAUGAGGAUGAUGAUCGUCGCGGGGGGAGGAAGAAGAAGAAGAAGGAACGAUUUGGGGGAUUUAUUAUCGACGAAGCCGAGGUGGAUGAUGAGGUGGACGAGGACGACGAGUGGGAGGAGGGAGCGCAGGACAUUGGGAUUGUCCCGAACGAGGUGGAGGAGUUUGGCCAGACGGCGCGGGAGAUUGAAAAUCGUCGUCGUGGCACAAAUUUGUGGGACAACAAGGAGGAUGAGAUUGAGGAGUAUUUGCGGAAGAAGUAUGCGGAUGAGUCCGGGCGGAAGCACUUUGGCGAUGGCGGGGAGGAAAUGACCGACGAGAUUGACCAGCAGCGGCGACUUCCGGGGAUCAAGGAUCCGAAUUUGUGGAUGGUCAAGUGUCGGAUUGGGGAGGAGAAGGCUACGGUGCUGCUGUUGAUGCGGAAGUUCCUGACGUACUCGAAUACGGAUGAGCCGCUGCAGAUUAAGUCGGUGGUGGCCCCGGAGGGUGUCAAAGGGUACGUUUAUAUUGAGGCGUACAAGCAAACCCACGUCAAGGCAGCUAUUACGAACGUGGGAAAUUUGAGGAUGGGUAUUUGGAAGCAGGAGAUGGUUCCGAUCAAGGAGAUGACGGACAUUUUGAAGGUGGUCAAGGAGCAGACUGGGUUGAAGCCGAAGCAGUGGGUCCGGUUGAAGCGUGGUAUCUACAAGGACGAUAUUGCCCAGGUGGAUUACGUCGAUUUGGCCCAGAACCAGGUCCACUUGAAGCUGCUUCCUCGAAUUGAUUACACACGGUUGAGAGGAGCUCUGCGGACGACGUCGUCAGAGAAUGACGAAAACAAGAAGAAAAAGAAACGACGACCGGCGGCCAAACCGUUCGAUCCGGAAGCAAUCCGUGCGAUUGGCGGAGAAGUUACGUCCGAUGGUGACUUCCUUAUCUUUGAGGGAAAUCGUUACUCCCGCAAGGGUUUCCUGUACAAGAACUUUACCAUGUCGGCGAUUCUGGCCGAGGGCGUCAAACCAACGUUGGCCGAGUUGGAGCGGUUCGAGGAACAGCCAGAGGAAAUCAACAUUGAGCUGGCGGUUUCGUCCAAGGAGGAUACCAACUCGACGCACACCUUCUCCAUGGGUGACAACGUAGAAGUCUGCGUGGGCGAUCUGGAAAAUUUGCAGGCCAAGAUCAUUGCCAUCGACGGGGCGCUUAUUACGGUGAUGCCGAAGCACGAAGAUCUUAAGGAUCCGUUGAUCUUCAAGGCGUCCGAGUUGCGCAAGUACUUCAAGACGGGAGAUCACGCCAAGGUUUUGGCCGGUCGUUACGAGGGCGAAACGGGUUUGAUUGUGCGCGUUGAACCGCAACGGAUCGUGCUGGUGUCGGAUUUGACGAUGCACGAGUUGGAGGUGCUUCCGCGGGAUCUGCAGCUCUGCUCGGAUAUGGCAACCGGUGUCGACUCGCUGGGACAGUACCAGUGGGGAGAUUUGGUCCAGCUGGACGCACAAACCGUCGGCGUGAUUGUACGUCUGGAGCGGGAGAACUUCCACGUGCUGGGAAUGCACGGCAAGGUCAUGGAAUGCAAGCCGACCGCGCUGCAGAAGCGCCGCGAGAAUCGUAACACGAUCGCGCUGGAUUCGGACCAGAAUCAGAUCCGUCGUCGGGAUAUCGUAAAGGUGAUGGAAGGACCGCACGCUGGUCGGGAUGGGGAGAUCAAGCACUUGUACCGCAACUUGGCGUUCCUGCACUCGCGGAUGUACACCGAGAACGGAGGUAUUUUCGUGUGUAAAACCCGGCAUCUGCAGCUGGCCGGUGGCAACAAGACCCAGGGAAAUGCCCUGAUGCCGAUGGGUCAGUUUGGCUUUAUGUCACCCCGAAUUCACUCGCCGAUGCAUCCAUCGGGAGGUCGUGGUGGUGCUCGGGGCGGUGGCCGUGGAGGAGGUCGCGGUGGGGCGAAUCGCGUCAGCCGGGACAAGGAAAUUCUUGGCAAGAGUAUCAAAAUUACCGGAGGACCGUACAAGGGUGCCGUCGGAAUUGUCAAGGACGCGACCGAAAGCACGGCUCGCGUUGAACUGCACUCUUCGUGUCAAACCAUCUCGGUCGACCGGAACCACAUUGCCGUGGUCGGAUCGACGCCGAAGGAGGGAUCCGUUUCGAGUUACAUCCGUACUCCGAGCCGUACGCCAAGUGGCAGCUACGGUGCCCAAACACCGGUCUACUCGGGCUCGAAGACACCGCUGCACGGAUCGCAGACUCCGUCGUACGACGUGGGCAAUCGUACUCCGUACGGUUCGAUGACUCCGUCCCACGAUGGCAGCAUGACUCCACGUCACGGCGCCUGGGAUCCAGCGGUCACAAACACCCCUGCUCGAAGCAACGACUUCGACUUUAACAUGGAGGAACCAUCGCCCAGCCCGGGCUACAAUCCGAGCACGCCCGGUUAUCAGAUCAACACGCCGUUCGCUCCGCACACCCCCGGAAACAUGUUCAACACGGAGAACUACAGCCCGUACCAACCGAGCCCCAGCCCAAGCCCAUCGCCCUACCAGGUCAACUACAUGGGUACUCCGUCCCCGAGCGGAUACUCUCCGGCCACACCCGGAGCGCCCCAAUCACCGUACAAUCCGCAAACACCCGGCGCCAGCCUCGAUUCCCAGUUUGGCGAAUGGUGCACCACGGACAUUGAGGUCGAAAUCCGAAACCACGACGAUUCCGAUCUGGCCGGCCAAACCGGCUUCAUCCGGACCGUCACCAGCGGCGCCUGUUCCGUGUUUCUGCCCGAGGAGGAUCGCGUCGUUACGGUGCUGAGCAACAAUCUGGAACCGGUCGUGCCGACGGUGGCCGGCGAUCGCUUCAAGGUCAUCUUCGGUGACGAGCGCGAAACGCUGGGCGAGUUUCUGUCGCUGUCCAGCAACAAGGAGGCCAUCGUGUCGAUCAACGGCAAAAAGAAGCUGCUGCCGCUCAACUACCUGUGCAAGGUCAAGUUGGACUAGGCGCGGUGCGGCGGAAGUUUGGACAUUUGUAAAUAGUUGUUGUUUGCUAUUGACACCGAGGACUAUGGAUUUACUGUUCUGUAAAAUUUAUUCAUUUUUAUUUCAUUAGCUUAAGAUUAUCUCUCACUGACGACGGACGUGGAAGCAAAGGAGGAGGAAAUUGGACCGAGCAACUGCAUCUGCAACGGACCGUCCUGCAUUUGCUGUAUAGACUUUAACAUGACCUACAUCGAUCUCGGUGGACCAG